AUCCCGAGAAGAAAAGUGAAGACGGCGAUGAUGUAUCAAGACCAGAGACCGGACGCCGCAAGUCAUCGAUGUCGAGACGAAAGAACAGUGCAUAUGAAGACCCCUUUGCAAGGAAGGAGAGCGUAGACGAGGGUGAUAUUCAAGAUGCAGAGAUUGACUAUCAGUCGAUGGAGUGGUGUCAUGAUCGCCGAAACAAUUUCGCUGGGUAUUCUUUCGCUGCCUUCGGUACUUGCGAGGAUUGGUCUCGUGCCUGGACUUAUUAUACUUGUUGGACUUGGAAUAAUCGCAACUUAUACCGGAUGGACGCAGGCGAGAUUCUAUUCAAGCCACUCAAAAUGGGUGCCAUCGGCCGCGAAUUCUUCGGUGCAGCACAAACAAUCUUCCUCAUCUUCACCAUGGCCAGCCACAUCUUGACCUGGACCAUCUGCCUCAACACCAUUACCGACAGUGCCACAUGCACAGUGGUGUGGGCAGUAAUUGGCCUCGUUCUCUUCUGGCUCUUCGAUUUGCCCAGGACUCUCAAGAACGUGUCAUUCAUGUCAAUCGCGUCCUUCAUUUCCAUCUUUUCUGCUGUCAUGAUCAGUAUGAUUGCGAUUGGCAUUCACAAGCCUCGAGGUAACACACCGCUGGCUGCAACUACCGUGUUGCCGUUCACGGACGCCUUCGUUUCUGUCAGCAACAUCGUCCACUCGUGCUUCUUUGGAUUUUUAGCAGAGAUGAAGAACCCUGCCAAAGACUGGACGAAAGCCUUGAUAUUCCUCCAGGUGUGGGAUAUCGGACUGUACAUCAUCGCCGCAACAGUCAUCUACGUAUUCGCUGGUCCAGAUGUCACUUCGCCCGCUCUCGGUUCCGCAGGUCCCAUUAUCAAGAAAGUUGCUUGGGGUGUUGCGAUUCCAACUGUAAGAAUCAUCUACGGUCACGUAGCCGCCAAGUACAUCUUUGUGCGUUGCUUCAGAGGCACAGUCCACAUGACCAGACGUACCAAAACCAGCACCCUCGCCUGGACAGGGAUAACUCUCACCAUCUGGGUAAUCGCUUGGAUUAUCGCUGAAAGCAUACCUAACUUCAAUGAUUUGUUAGGUUUAAUCAGUGCUCUGUUCGCAUCACACUUCACAUAUACGCUCAGUGGUGUGUUUGGACUCUUCCUCAACCACGGACACUGGUUCGACAACCCGAAGCAGAUUGCACAGUUUUGUGCCAACUGGGUGGUUAUUGUCAUCGGCGCGACAGUAUGUGUCGCUGGUCUCUAUAGCUCGGGCACGGCGAUUGCUGCUGAUGGUGGAAAUGGCUCGUGGACUUGUGCUAGCAAUGCUCAG